AUGGCCUCGCGGUUUAAUAAUCGGCUUUCAGACGGCAAGUUUGGCAAAGUUUCACAAAUAAAUACUUCCCACACGAAGGAAAGGCUACUAAAGGCAAUAAAUUCAUGGCGAAAAACAGCAAGAGUAGAGUUUGAACCACCACCGAAAGUUCCGAAGCUCGAAAAACUUCUGAAGGGCUUUACAAAGUUUUUGAUCCUCACUCAAGAGAUACUUACGGUGUUCCUGAUCCAAAUGGUAAAUGUGUUUUGGUUUCAAUUGAUAGCAUAGGAAAUUUAGUAACCUACUUUCAAAAUACUAUACCUGUACGAAGUGUGACACCAUUUGAAAUAAAAGGUGUAACAGUUGAGCUAAUGGCAUUUGAGUCAGCAGAACAAACAGACACUUCAGGUCAAAAAGCAAAUACAAAUAGAGCUUCUUACAAAAGGCGACAAACAACAGAGAGUGAAAGUCAUAAACAAGCUUGGUUGGAAAAUGCUAGGAUCUACAAAAAGAGAAAACAACCCGAGAAAGAAGUAAGAAAUUUACAGAAUCAGGGUGAUUAUCUUGAAAGGUUUGACAUCACAAAUGGUGGUAUUCAUGAACAAGCUUGGGCAAAAUCAGUUUAA